UCUAGUGUGUGUGUUACAUAGUUGCUGUAAGGCGCAUAAUUGUCAUUCAGUUGGAGAAAAUUUUUUCGUGAGGUUUAGUUGUGUCAAGAUUCGUGUAACUGCUCUGCCAUGGCACCGACAGGUGAAGUGGUGAUUGGCGACGGGCGGAGCGCCUCCGCAGUGAACCGGCUGCGCUGGGACCUGAGCCCCCAGCAGAUUCACCAGCUGACUGAGCAGCUGAUUCAGACGACCUCGCUGGUUUACGACAGGGUGGGGGCGGUGGAGCUGGACUCGGUCACCUACGAGAACACCCUGAAAGAGCUUGCUGAUGUGGAGGUGGAGUACACAGUUCAGCGGAACAUGCUGGAUUUCCCGCAGCACGUGUCCUCCAGCAAAGAGGUUCGGACGGCGAGCACGGACGCAGACAAGAAGCUGUCGGAGUUCGAUGUGGAAAUGAGUAUGAGGGAGGACGUGUAUAAACGCAUCGUGGCUUUACAGGGGAAGCUGGAAUCAGAAGCUCUGAGUCCGGAAGCUAAGAGGUACAUGGAGAGGCUAAUCAAGCUGGGGAAGAGGAACGGGCUGCAUCUGCCCAAGGAGACUCAAGAGGAAAUUAAAGCGAUCAAGAAGCAGCUCAGCAACUUGUGUAUUGACUUCAACAAGCACCUGAACGAGGACACCACCUGCCUGGAGUUUAGCAGGGAGGAGCUGGGAGGUCUCCCAGAGGACUUCCUUGGCUCCCUGGACACUCAAGAGGAUGGUAAACUGAAGCUCACUCUGAAAUACCCUCACUACUUCCCAACUAUGAAGAAGUGCUAUGUCCCAGAGACCAGGAAGAAGCUGGAGAUGGCCUUCAACUCCAGGUGCAAAGAGAUGAACUCCAAGAUCCUGAAGGAGCUGGUGCAGCUGCGAGCUCAGAAGUGCGCCCUGCUGGGGUUCAGCAGCCACUCUGACUUUGUGCUGGAGAUGAGCAUGGCCAAGAACAGCAAGAACGUGGCCGCCUUUCUCGAGGAGCUGGCACACAAGCUGAAGCCGCUGGGCGAGGAGGAGCGAGCCGCCAUGCUGCUGCUGAAGAAGGCGGAGUGUGAGAAGCGUGGCGCUCCCUUCGAUGGGCUGAUCCACGCCUGGGACACGCGCUACUUCAUGACCCAGGUGGAGGAGACGCAGUACGCCGUGGAUCAGAACCUGCUCAAGGAGUACUUCCCCAUGGAGGUGGUGACGCAGGGCCUGCUGGACAUCUACCAGGAGCUGCUAGGGCUGCGCUUCCAGCUGGAGGAGGGCGCCCCCGUGUGGCACGACGAUGUCAAGCUCUACUCAGUCAGGGACCGAGUCUCGGGACACACCAUCGGACAGUUCUACCUCGACCUCUUCCCCAGAGAGGGGAAGUAUGGCCACGCAGCCUGCUUUGGGCUACAGCCCGGCUGUCUGCUCCCCGACGGGACCCAGCAGAUGGCAGUGGCUGCCAUGGUGGCCAAUUUCUCCAAGCCGACCGUGGAUGCACCGUCUCUGCUGCAGCACGACGAGGUGGAGACCUACUUCCACGAGUUUGGCCAUGUCAUGCACCAGCUCUGCGCAGAGACGCAGUUUGCCAUGUUCAGCGGGACCCACGUGGAGCGCGACUUUGUGGAAGCCCCUUCUCAGAUGCUUGAGAACUGGGUCUGGGAGAAGGAGCCUCUGCUCAGGAUGUCCAAACACUAUAAAACAGGCAGCCCCAUCCGGGAGGAGCUGCUGGAGAAGCUCAUGAAGUCUCGUCUCGCCAACACAGGUCUCUUCAACCUGCGUCAGAUUGUGUUGGCGAAGGUGGACCAGGCUCUGCACACCAAGCCUGACUCUGACCCUGCCGAAGAGUACGCCCGGCUCUGCAAAGAAAUUCUGGGGGUGCCAGCCUCGCCAGGAACGAACAUGCCAGCCACGUUUGGUCACCUGGCCGGGGGGUAUGAUGCCCAGUAUUAUGGUUACCUGUGGAGUGAGGUCUUCUCCAUGGACAUGUUUUACACCCGGUUCAAACAGGAAGGCAUCAUGAACCCCAAGGUGGGGCUAGACUACAGGAACUGCAUCCUGAAGCCGGGCGGGUCUCUGGAUGCAGAGGUCAUGCUGAAGAACUUCUUGGGUCGUGAACCGAAGCAGGAAGCAUUCCUUCUGAGUAAAGGAUUGACCGUAGAGCUGGAGCAGGGCAAACCAUGCGCCUGUUGACCCCUGAACCCCCCAGUCACCCUGGCAACCGAGAUUGUAUUUGAGAGAACACAACCCAUUUUACCCUUGGUUAUUCUAUGAGCUUUUAGGAGCCCUUAGUGGCUUUUGUUUUCUUUUUGAUUUGUUGCAAUGGCUCUUAAAAUAACAUUCAAUCUGUUGAAACCACAAGGUUGCUGUCCAGUGCAUUCAUUCGUUAAACUGUGGAUUAACACAUCCUGGCUUUUAAUGGUUUCGUUAAGUACUUGAGAGCAACGGUUUACUAUAGCAUUCAGAGUCCUGGACUGGUCAAGUCAACACACAGUGUCAUCUUAAAUCUACUGUGUUGUGGGUCCACACACACACACACACACUAUUACAGGGAUUGAAGCUGGGUGAGGUUGAUUGUUGAUUAGACUUGCCAUGUGUCAAGUUUGGAAUUUAUUUGUUAACAAAAGGAAGCCUGAAGUUUUGUAUUCUGAAAGCAUCUUUCCAUUUGGGAUUUUUUUAGGGGUUUUUCUCCCGUCCCUCUUCUCCAGCUUCCAUCUCCUGUGCUUGUCUUUGGAAAUGAAUGUCUCCUUCAUUCUGGCUUUACAUUUCCAUGGUUUCAGGUUGCUUUUUUUUUUUUAAUUUAGAAACCUGAAUCCAAAUAAAGUGCAGUUUUACUAGAGUUUGAAAAUACACAAAGGUGUGACAGUCUUGAACUAUUGAGAGAAUAAUACAAAUCUGCAAAAGAUGAUUUUACAUAAUAGCACCAUAGCAAAUAUUCUGUAAGAAGUUCUGUUCCUAAGACAGUUAGUGUUAAACUCUGUAUGCUGUUCAGGCUUCAUCUGAUCCUUGGGGCACUUUGAGGCACCCUAGAGACCGAUUUUAUUACAUUGUGUGUGUUCAAAAGAAGAGUUUUCAAUUUGAUAUUAAUGAACUUGUGGUGGGGUUUAAAACAUAUGAUGGCAAAUCUGCCCCCUCCAGUCCCAAGUAUUUGUUCUAAAUUGUUUAGUUGAAUUAAUUACACCUCCACCCAGGUCCUCAACUAGGCAAUCAUUUAAUUUACCUGCCAAACCUGGAGUGGAAGGACCUGCCAGGGUUAAUGCUGCUUUAAAAUAUUCAAGCAUUUUGGGGUUUAUUUUCAGUUUAUUUAGGUCAUGUGGCAGAGUUUACACCUCUGCAGCAAUAUCCCCAUCGUAUUCCUGACCACCUUUUUAUUUGAUGUGUUUUGUUCCUGUUGGAGUGCAGUAUCUACUGAAUUCCUGCAUGUGGUGCUGUUCUCUCAGAUUCUAUAAUGCAUUCAAUAAACUGAAGGGUGACCGGUACAACAAAAAUGAAUACUAAAUUGCAUUGGUUUAGUGAUUGACAAACACAUGUUACAAUAAAGUUUUUAACACUG